ACGCUCUCCACUCGAAUUCUACAGGCGUGUACAUGGUGCUUGGUAGAGCUGUCAGCCGCAAUAUAAAUACAUAUCUACUGGUAUAGAGCGUUUUUUUUGUCGUAGUAAAGUAGGGAUUACAUUACCAAAUCAGUUAGAAGAUCGACAUUCUUUAUUUAAACGAGCUACUCGUGUUUUGAAUAUUUCAAACUGGACCGUUUGCCGCUAGAAGAAGUAACAUAAAGGGGCGGGUGCGAUUAAUUGCGAGCUCCAGUCCUGUGCAACACCUCAGCUAAUCUGACGUUACAGUCUGGUGAGAAAUACUGUCACUGAGCCUGCCAGGUGAAGAGCACAUUUUGACGAACACUAGCGGUGAAAUAAUUAUUUAGGCCAUUUUUAUAGUUAUAUGUGUCUUUCCUAACACCGAGGUGUCACGCGGAUGAUAUUGCGCUGUCAUUAUUUGACUUUCAUUUUUUUGAUAUCUGUAUUUAUUCUAUUGACUGUCAGAUAACGUUAGCUUGUUAGCAAGAUAGCUAGUUAAACAACAAUGUCGGAUAACCAGAGCUGGAAUUCUUCGGGUUCCGAUGAAGAUGUGGAGACGUCGGAAUCGGGAGUCGGGCAGCCAGUUGUUGGUAUCGCCGAGCUUGGUGGAAUCAUCAGCAAGUGGACUAACUACAUCCAUGGCUGGCAGGAUCGCUGGGUGGUCCUGAAGAACAACACUCUGAGCUACUACAAGUCUCAGGACGAGAGAGAGUUCGGCUGCAGAGGGUCCCUGUGUCUCAGCAAGGCUGUAAUCACUCCCCAUGAGUUUGACGAGUGCAGGCUGGACGUCAGUGUUAACGACAGCGUGUGGUACCUGAGGGCCACAGACCCAGAACACAGACACCAAUGGAUCAACUCCAUCGAACUACACAGGAGUCUAAGAGAGGGGAGGAUAGACAGUGGAGUCAUCCAGAGGACAUCACUAGUCCCUCCAGCAGCAGUGUGUUUAAUGGCAGAGUCUGGGUAUGGGUCAGAACCCAGUCUGAGGAGACAUGGUUCCAUGCUGUCUCUCACGUCUGCUACCAGCGGCUACUCUGCCACAUCCACAUCCUCCUUCAAGGGUCACAGCCUGAGAGAGAAGCUGGCGGAAAUGGAGACGUUCAGAGACAUCCUGUGCAGACAGGUGGACACGCUGCAGAAGUACUUUGACGGAUGCUCCGACGCUGUCUCCAAGGACGAGCUGCAGAGAGACAAAGUUGUUGAGGAUGAUGAGGAUGAUUUCCCCAACACUCGGUCAGACGGAGAGUUCAUCCACAACAACAACGGCAGCAAGGAGAAGCUGUUCCGAUCUCUGAGCCCUAAGGGCAUCAAUGGAAUAGACUUUAAGGGCGAGGCGAUCACGUUCAAGGCCACCACAGCUGGGAUUUUGUCCACCCUGUCCCACUGCAUCGACCUGAUGGUGAAGAGGGAGGACAGCUGGCAGAAGAGACUGGACAAGGAGACGGAGAAGAGGAGGAGGAUAGAGGAGGGCUACCAUUCCGCCCUCUCUGAGCUCAAGAAGAAGUCUCACUUUGGAGGGCCUGAUUACGAGGAGGGGCCUAACAGCCUGAUCAAUGAGGAUGAGUUUUUCGAUGCCGUUGAAGCAGCUCUUGACAGACAAGACAAGAUGGAGGAACAGUCUCACACCGAGAAGUCGAGGAUACAGAGGUCCAGUCCAGUUCCCCCGGGAGAUGUCUACUCCACCAUAGGAUCACACAGAUUCGCUGACAAGGUGGAGGAGAUGGUGCAGAAUCACAUGACCUACUCGCUGCAGGAUAUGGGCGGGGAUGCCAACUGGCAGCUGGUGGUGGAGGAGGGGGAGAUGAAGGUGUACAGGAGGGAGGUAGAGGAGAAUGGUAUUGUCCUGGACCCCCUGAAGGCCACCCAUUCUGUGAAGGGAGUCACGGGACAUGAGUUGUGUCACUACUUCUGGGACACGAACGUACGCAACGACUGGGAGACCACCAUUGAGAACUUCAACGUUGUGGAGAUGUUAUCGGACAACGCUGUAAUUGUCUAUCAGACACACAAGAGGGUGUGGCCAGCAUCCCAGAGAGACGUGCUGUACUUGUCUGCUAUGAGGAAGAUCCUGGCUAACAACGAGAACGACCCAGACACCUGGCUGGUCUGCAACUUCUCUGUGGACCACGACAACGCCCAGCCCACCACCAGGUGUGUUCGUGCCAAAAUCAACAUUGCCAUGAUAUGCCAGACCCUGGUUAGCCCACCAGAGGGCGACAGAGAGAUCAGCAGAGACAACCUUACCUGUAAAAUCACCUACGUCGCCAAUGUGAACCCGGGAGGCUGGGCUCCUGCCUCAGUUCUGAGGGCUGUGGCCAAGAGGGAGUACCCCAAGUUCCUCAAACGCUUCACCGGCUAUGUCCAGGAGAAGACAACCGGGAAACCUAUCCUCUUCUGAGUCCCACAGGACUCACAGCACCCCUGUCCACCCAACAGACUGUUCUGAACAUUGUGUACCAUUUCAACCCAACUCUAGCUAGCCAUCAUGCUAAGUGCUAGGGUACAGCUAGGCCUUUUCAGACUAGCUUCCAUGCGAGCUCUCUUGCUAGGUCUUCAGCUAGCUUCAAUAUAAGGCCUCAUGCUAUCUUCAAUGCUCGUUUCCCAUUCUAUACCUCAAGCUAGUUCUUUAUACUAGCUCGCUCCUUAUGCUAGUUUCCUAUGCCAGGUUUAUGCUACGUCCUUUGCUAAUUCUCAUGCUAGUUCUUAUGCUAGCUCCCAUGCUAGUUUCAUUAGCUAAUGCAGAAAGACCUAUAAGAAAAUGUCAAUUGUGUUCCCUUUUCUGGCAGAGAUAUAUUAAUAUAAUAUAUAAAUGUACGUAUGUGUUAUAAGAAAUUUAUAAGAAAGCAGUUUAAGACUGGAAGACAAAACAUUACUCUAUUUUAGUCCUGCUUUUGUAGUCCUUUUUUAAGAGAUGGAGUUUGUUCUGUUGAUUUAGCUUUUUAUAAUAAUCAGUGGUGUUACAGAUUAUUCUCACGCUGCUAAUUUUCUUAGUGCAACAAAAUCGGAUCGCCUUUUUUCCAGAAUGAUCGUCUUGUUUGUAAGAAACAAAAAAUGACAAAAUUCCAGAGGGCUGUCAUUGAACUAUGACCCCUAUGACAUAAGACUUUUUUGUUCUGUCUCUCUGGUGAAAACACUACUUUGCUGGUGCUGAUGGAGGGACGAGGCUAAAAGUUAUUUUAUUUUAAAAUGUUUAAAAUGUAUUAAAUCUUCACAUUUCUUUA